GCGGGCCACAUUUGGCCCGCGGGCCGCGUGUUUGAGACCCCUGCUGUAAAGCGUCUGUAGGAGCCAUGAAUGAAUUUGGAUUGAUUUUUUGUAGGUGCAUGAUAGUUUAAAUUUGAAUAGUGGUGUUUGUUAUUGUUUAUGAUAUUAUUUAGAUUCGUUGUGAUCACGUGGACAAGGGAAGUAGGUCAAAUGGUUAUGGGCGGUGACGUUUCGUUAAUAUAGGCACCUGUUCACCUGUGUGGCCAAGAGAGAGACAAAGAGAGAGGGUGAGCAGGGUUGCCGUAUUUUUUGUUGGCCGCUAAUUCCUUUAAUCUAUGUGAUUACUUUGAUUAUGAGUUUGUGCACGGUAUCAUAAGUUGAUCAUUAAUUUUCUUUAACAAAAGGUUGAACUCAUUUUUUGUAUCUCAGAGAUUUUUUAUGUGUGGCGCGUCAGACAAAGUAAAGGCCUGGCUUCAGCCUCUCAGCGACUCUUGUAUGAAGUCGCUAUAUUUUGUCAACAAAAAAGGCCUUAAAAGGAAACAUCAGGACAGCACAACGGAUCAAUGGAUCAAGAGGACAAAAAGAGGAAGCUGAUUAAAUCCAACAACCAUCGGACAUAAAGUACGGAGAGCCCCCCCGACUGAAGACUCGAGAUGUUCGUGACAGGAACUGUCACAAACCACAAGAUGUGAUGUGGCCGUUUUUGCCUUUCGCAUCCUUCCAGCGUAUAAAAAGACUCAUCAAGGUGGGCUUCGUCUGGAUCGCGAUGUUCUCACUGGUUCAUUUGAGUGGCUUUCUGUCUGCCGUGGCUCUUCUCAUUGCCGCACCAAAUGAUGCAGCGGAGAUUAUUGGCGGGAGUGAAGUAAGGCCCCACUCACUGCCGUUCAUGGCUCUGUUGGAAAACAAAAAACCAAACUGUGGAGGGAUUCUGAUCCACCCACAAUGGGUUCUAACUGCAGCCCACUGUGCUGAUAUCAAGAGGGUGCUGCUUGGUGUACACAACAUUAAGAAUACAGAGAAGGAUUCCCGCCAGAUAAGAAACGUCAAAAGCCACUUCCCUCAUCCUUGCUACGAUGUGACUGAAAAGGUCAACGACCUCAAGUUGCUCAAGCUGGACAAAGUUGUCAAGAAGACCCCGGCAGUGAGCAUUUUGCCAUUGCCUAAAAUUGACAGAGAUCCGAUGGCUGGCAGCAGCUGUGUGGUGGCCGGAUGGGGGGUGACCAACAAUGUCGCCAAGCAAAUGUCCAACGUCCUCAUGUCUGUCAAUGUGACUGUUGUGGACAGAGUCAAAUGCAACUCUCCUGACUACUACAAUCUCAAACCGAUCAUCACUAAGGGAAUGAUAUGUGCUGGUUCCGAUGGUAGAAGGGUGGCGGAUACCUGCUCUGGCGACUCUGGUGGUCCGCUAUUGUGCAAAGGAGUUCUGGUCGGUGUCACUUCAUUUGGACCUAAAGGGUGUGGUCAGAUUAAAAAGCCUGGGGUGUACACUUUUCUCUCUGCUAAGCAACUCGAGUGGAUCAAAAACAUCAUCAAGAAAAAAUAAAUCAAAUAUGUUUCAUUUUGUAUUUGUGGCCCUUUCAAUAAAGUAAACAAA